AUGGGACCAUACCAGUAUUCACGAUUAGCAGAAGGCAGUAUUCGUCUCCUUCGCUUGAUUCCGCACCCAGACCGGCAAUCUCACAUCCACUGCCAGCUUUUCGACUUUCCCCUGUCAGAUUCAGAAAGUACUUGUCCAUAUGAAGCUCUGUCAUAUGUAUGGGGUUCCGGUGAUAAACCAGUUUCAAUCACUGCGAAUCAUGGCGAACUACGCAUCGGAGCGAAUCUACAUGCAGCUCUCGGCUGUCUCCGACAUAACACCCUGGAAAGAAUCAUAUGGAUAGACGCUCUGUGUAUCAAUCAGGACGACGCAACGGAGAAAGGACAGCAAGUUCAGUCGAUGGCUAAGAUCUAUGCUAAAGCUAAUUGCGUGAUCGUCUGGCUCGGGGAGGCUGCCGAUAAAAGCGAUGGGGCCCUUCUAGAGAUUUGCGGAGCUGCUGUCAAAAGUCCCACAAACAAGAAAGAUCCCGCAAAGAUCAUCUCGCUUCUCCAACGACCUUGGUUCCAGCGAAUUUGGGUACUUCAGGAGGUCGCUGCUGCUCGACAUAUAGUCAUCAAAUGUGGUUCCACCGAGAUUGAUGGAUAUGCCUUCUGCUCUGGACUCAGUACCCUCAAAUUAUCGUAUGAGAACAGCGAAAGUCUCCAGCCUUUGAUCGUUUCCGUUUCCUAUCUCAUACGAGGUGCAAUUCUACGUCCCAGGUAUACAGGGUCUCUAGAUGGGAGAUUUUCACUUGAUAUACGACCUCUAAGUGAAUUGGUGGAAAUGUAUCAUACCAGAAAGGCUACCGAGCGCCGCGACAAGGUAUAUGCACUCCUUGGUAUGAGUUCUGAUGACCCGAGUGGAGCAGGGCUAUCUGUUGACUAUACCAUUCCUUGGAGUCGACUCUUCGAAAUUCUCAUCAGGUAUACACUCGCGCAAUCCGUAUCUGUUACCACCUGGAACGAUAGAGAGAUAGCUGUGAUCAGAGGCAAAGGAUUGGUCCUGGGCGACGUCUCUUCAAUCAAGGGAGACCAUGCCUGGGAGGACGAUCGAAGGUUGGAGAUCACCUGGAAGAAUAUUUGUUCUGACCUUUUCCGAAAUUCGACUUGGAGUGUUGGAGACGUCAUAUGUCUCUUUCAAGGAGCAACAAGACCGACUAUUAUCCGACUAUGCGGUUCAUGCUGGAACGUUAUCAUGAUCUCAAUCCCUCCCGGUCCGAUCAAACACAAGAAUAUCACGUUGGUAAAUGACUUGCGUCAGGACGCUGAGUGGUUCGAGCAGUUAGAAUCAGUCAUGGCACAGCCGCGCGACCUCUUACUUGUCUGGGACUGGGGCGCACAUUCUAUUGAAUCGCUCGGGAAUCAGGAGACAACGUAUGAAAAGCUUAUCUCCGAGCAAUUUGGGCCAGACUCGUUGCUCGAAGAACUUCACAAUGUUACUAUCGUGUCAAACAUGGGAUUAGUGUUGCAAGAUCUCGAGAGGCAUGUUGCAUUAGAGGAUUGUAUCCGCAGCGCUGUUGCAAGUUUUCAAGAGACGCUAAGAAUCGCGGAUAGAUAUGCGAUAAUUUCCAAUGUUGUUGGAAAGGACUUGGGGAUCAAAACAGGAGUGGAAACGGUAACUGAUACCCUCGUUCAAUUUCAAGGUGGUUGGCAACCUCUACGAUGGGCGUCGGAAGAUGGCCACGAUUUGGUCAUCAGACUGAUGCUAAUGAAAGCCGAUCCGAAUAUCGUUGAUGCAGAAGGGCGCAAUCCGCUAUCUUGGGCAUCAGAGAAAGGCUAUGAGACAUUAGUAAGAUUGCUUCUUGGGACCGGAGCUGUUGAUCCAGAUGCGAGAGACAUGGGCGGCUGGACGCCGCUCCUAUGGGCAGCUAGCAAAGGACACGAGACAAUUGUAAAGCUUCUUCUGGAUACCCAAAAAGUUGAUCCAGAUGCAAAGGAGAGAAAGGAAGACACGAAAGGAACAAGACGGACACCUUUGUUACUCGCCUCGGAAGGUGGUUAUGAGGCAGUAGUGAGGAGGCUUCUUGAUACCUACAAAGUAGACCUCAAUGCCCAUGAUGAGAGUGGAGGGACACCUUUGAUGUGGGCUGUGAAGAACGGACAUACUCAUGUGGUGAAAUUGCUGCUCCAAACAGGAAAGCUUGAUCCGAAUGCUUCAGAGGCGGGCGAAGUCGAGAACGAAGGCGGACGAACACCACUGAUGUGGGCAGCGAGCAAUUGUAAUGAGGAGAUUGUCAAGCUUCUCCUUCAAACCAAGAAUGUCAGUUCAGAUGUAAGGGACAAAUCCAGUCGAACUGCAAUAUCUCUGGCCGCGGAGAGUGGAGAUGUGGCAAUUGUGAAAAUGCUGCUAGGUAUAGGCGAGGCCCAGCCAGAUGUACCUGAUAAGGAAGGACGGACUCCAUUACGGUUUGCAGCUGAGGGCGGGUUUGAAGAAGUCGUUCAACUACUUCUUGACACUAACGAGGUCAAUCUCAACUCAAAAGAUAAACGUGGUCGUACACCACUAUUUUCAGCGGCAAAGAACGGGCACGAACAUGUUGUCAGCAUUUUGGCACAACGAAAUGAACUCACCUUCCAAGAAUUACAACGCCAGGUCCCAAUACCUUCCAAUCAUGAAAAUUAUCUCAAUAUCCAAGAUGAGGACUAUUUCGAUAGUCGCUGUCAUCAGCUUUUCUCAAAUGUUCAACAGUGGGUUACACGAUUCUCGAGAGCUGGGGAUAUGCGCACGUCACGCCUUAAGGAUGAUAUCAAUGAAGAAGCCGUUAAUAAUCUGGAAGCUGUACUUGCCAGCCAACUUGACGAUGACGAUGACUAUCCUGCUACAGGACUACCUGCUCAACUAACAGUCGGAAUUAAUGACGAAAAGACCGUUGACAGACUGGACAGUGUCAUGUUAGACGGAACCGAUGUAGAUGUGUAUCUAUCCGAUCGGUUACGUCGCCGUGACGUGUUCACCUCCAUGAUCAUGAACAUGAUUUGGGAGUUCAUAUUUACUCGUUACUUAUUUGGAGUUGAUAGAGAAAUGAGGCAGAAGCUAAAGAAUCUAGAAAAGCUACUCACUGAAGCUGGGCCCCCUCAAGCCGUUCGCAAAUGGCGCGCUAUAACUUUGACACUGCUAUCACGUCGUGACAGCAUCAAGCGACAGCGUGAUCUGGAUGCUGCAGCCGUUACUCACGCUUUAUUACAAACUGUCUAUAAAGUCCUGUUACCCCCUGACAAUAUUCAAGACCAUCUUGAAUCUCAAUUGCACAAGGUGGUAUUGGAUGCAGCUGAACUCUCUAUUGAAAUGCGAACGCAGAAAGCUGAAUACAUGAUGCUUCCACCCCUACGUCCUGAGUACGACGCAGAUGGAGAUCUGACUGCCACUAUCUGUUUCAACGCGGAUAUGAUGAAUGAAUGCGGUUUCAAAACGGAGAGGAGCAACGAAGAGCUUGAGACACAUGGGUCAAUAGUCAGGAUGGUUCUGUUUCCGCUCGUCGUGAAGAAGGCAGGGGAUGAUGGCGUUGGUGAUGAAGAGAUUGUUAUCUACCCGGCUCAGGUGCUGGUAACUCCGCAGAACACUGAUGAGGAGAAAGUGAUGGUAUCCCGAAAUAACAUUGGAAAGGAGAAAGCGCUGGAAGCUCCAGAGCUCCCCACAGAAGACGAAUUACUUGAGGCUUCCGAGAUCAGUGCAAAAGAUAAAGUGCUUGAAAUCGGAGCGAUUGCUGCGGUAGUGCUUGAAGCUCCCAAACUUCCCACAGAAGACCAAGUACUUGAACCUCCAGAGAUCCCUGAAGAGGAGGUCUAUCAACCGGGAAGGGAAGAAUUGGACACAUCUUGGUCGGGAAAAAGAAGGCUCGGGUGGGUGCGGAAGAUCUUGACGAAAGUGAAAAUGUGA